CCCAUAUAGUAGUAGACGUGUGUUGUGCAGGCUCCCGCGUCAAAGUUUUCUAUUUCCUUCCAAUCCCUGAUACUUUCAGCUAAGUGAGGUCAAUUCUUUAUUUGUAUCUUGUGUGUGAUAAUAGGACGUCUCAGCCAUGUCUAAGUCCAGGACAAAACUUGAAAGAGAGAAAGAGACUCUCCGGCUAGCAUGCUAACCAAGAGGGAGAUUAGCUUGAUGCUAACGGAGCUACGUGCUGCUCUUGCGGCAGACUUUUAAGUUCGUUUGACUCCUUGACUUCAGACCUAGAUUCAUUACAUGCUAAUAGUGACGUUACGAGAGGUGCCGUGGGUUCGAAGGGUGUCGAGUAAUCGAGUGGGCGCUCCCGCAAAGCCUGUACCGAGGCUUGCUUCAUUGGGGGGGCGGGGUUGGAAAUGAUGACGUCAGAAGUCUCGCUGCCCGGUUGUACCACGUGACGGAUUCGGGAAGUGGUUUGGAAUUUGGCGCGACGUUUGCCUGUCAAUCAGCGAUAUAAACCCCUCAGGCUUAGACAUUAUAAUGUGGUGUUUUGUGGCGAGAGUCAAUUAGUUGAGCGUGUGGCGUGUGGUAGUUUGGAGGCUUUGUGUAGUAGUAGUACGGUGUAGUAGGCGUACGGUGGCAUUAGUUUAGAGUAGUUCGGAGAUGGAGCCACCUAGAAAGAGGAAAAUGUCUCCUCUGUGGAAACAUUUUGACUUGUUGAGUCCAAAUAAGGUGAAGUGCUUGUUGUGCUCAACAUCAGCAACACAACACAAAGGGAGAGUGCCACUGUGAUGCUACUGUUGUGUCCUUCCGGGAGGAACAUGACUCUGACAGCCACAUCUUCCUCGCACAAGACCAGCAUCUUGAGUAAAUUCGACUGCCUCAGGAAGCGGGACGUUCUGUGCGACAUCACACUGCUGGUGGACCACGAGCGCUUCCGGGCUCACAAGGCCCUGCUGGCGGCGAGCAGCGACUACUUCUCCCUACUCUUCACAGCCGAGGACCAGCUCGGUGGCUGCGUCGGCGCCACCUACCGGCUGGAUGGCGUGGAGGCCGCCAUGUGCGGGGCCGUGCUGGAGUUCAUCUACAGCGCUCAGGUGUGCGUGGAGGAAGACGCCGUGCGGCAGCUCCUGGCCGCCGCUCGUCUGCUGCAGGUAGGCGAUCUUGUUGAGGCGCUGCUGCCUGGACUCGGCGAGGGGGCGGAGCCAAAGCCAGCGGAGCAGACGCCGUCAUCAAGGCCCAAAAGGGGGCGACCGAAGACAACCGUGGUGGCGAGGAAGGCACGAGAAGAACACGAUGAUGCUGAGGGAGCAUCUGAACUCGAAGAGCAGCCCAAUCGGCGGAGGAGACGCAAGAUCACGCUGCCUGUGAAAUACAGCUCCUUUAAGGUGGGCGCUGAUGCUUCAGGAGGAGAGGCGGCGAGGAGAGGCAGGAAGAGGAAGUACCCGGACACGGAGGCAAGGUGUGAGGACUGUGGCAAAGUGUUCAAGAACCAUCUCUUCCUGAAGAUACACCUGCGCACUCACACAGGUGAGAAACCUUUUGCGUGCCAGGUGUGCGGGGCGGCGUUCACCCAGAAGCACACGCUGCUGGUCCACCAGCACAAGCACACCGGAGAGACGCCGUUUGUGUGCAGCGUGUGCUCCAAAGCCCUCGCCACCAAACACAGCCUACACGAGCACAUGAACCUCCACCAAGAAAAGAAAUCCUUCUGCUGCGACAAGUGCGGGAAGAGCUUCACUCAGCAGAGGCAACUGAAAAGUCACCACAGAGUCCACUCAGGCAAGUCCUUACCGGAGUGUGCUCAGUGUGGGCGCAGGUUCUUGGACACGGCUCAGCUGAAGAAGCACCUGCGCACUCACACGGGUGAGAAGCCGUUCACGUGCGAGAUCUGCGGGAAGUGUUUUACCGUCAAGAGCACCUUGUAGACUCACAUCAGAAUACACAGAGGCGAGAAGCCGUACAGCUGCGACGUGUGCGACAAAUCCUUCUCGGACGCCAGCGCCAGACGCCGCCAUGUCGCCUCCCACUCGGGGAAGAAGCCCUUCACCUGCUCCGAAUGCGGCCUGUCCUUCACGCGUCUGGACAACCUGAAAACGCACGUCAAUUCCCACAACAAGGAGAGGGCGUCACCAGCCCAGGAAGAGGUGAAGUACCAUCUGACGCCAGGCUCCGAGCAGGAGAUCCGGCUGGUGGUGACGGGGAACGACAUCGCCUUGGUCCCGGGUCAGGCCCAGGAGAUCAGUAUCAUAACCUCCGAAGAAGCGUCGGCCCAAUCCAGACCCCUCGCGCCACAAAGCGACCACGUCCCCCACAUCCAGAUGAUCAGCAUGCUGGAGGCUCCGCCGGCGCCCCCUGUCGAGCCCACGCACGUCAUCACGCUGAGCAAAGAUGCCAUGGAGCACCUGCAGGCGCAGCACGCCCACCUUGCACACGGCGCCGUCCAGCAGCAGCAGCACGCUCAGGCCAUCUCCAUCGACCAGGGCGGCCAGCACAUCUCCAUCAGCCAGACCAGCCAGCCCAUCUCCAUCAGCCAGACCGGCCAGCCCAUCUCCAUCAGCCAGACCAGCCAGCCCAUCUCCAUCAGCCAGACCAGCCAGCCCAUCUCCAGCCACCACAUCCACGGACACACCUUCCAGAUACAAGCUGGGACCGUCUCCUGCCUCUACGCCACCGCCGGAUCGCUCCCGCCGACUCCGCAGAGCUGACGCUAGCCUAGCCUAGCCUAGCCUAGCCUAGCCUAGCCUAGCCGCUCCAACACAACUGGACAACAUGCACUCGUACAGUCUUACUUUGUUACACUUGCUUUAAACAACUACAUAAGAUAAGUACUUAUGUACUUCUUUUGCCAGCAAAAACAAUAUGAGCACAUGAUACUUUUAAAUAAAGUUUUUUCAAC